UCCGGUUUUUUUGUCCACAAUUUGCGAAGCGGCUUAGGGGAAGGAAAAAAAUUUGAUGGGGAUCGUCGAAGAAGCUCACAACGUGAAGGUUUUGGGGUCAGGCGAUCGAGUCAUAGUUUUGGCUCAUGGAUUUGGGACGGACCAGUCAGUUUGGAAGCACUUAGUUCCUCACCUGGUGGAGGAUUUCCGUGUGGUUUUGUAUGAUAACAUGGGAGCUGGAACAACCAACCCGGAAUACUUUGAUUUCAAUCGUUACUCUACUCUUGAAGGGUUUGCUUAUGAUUUGCUUGCUAUACUUGAAGAGCUCCAGGUUGAUUCUUGUAUUUUUGUUGGUCAUUCUCUUUCUGGCAUGGUUGGUACCAUCGCUUCCAUUUCGCGUCCUGAUCUCUUCUCCAAAAUCAUUAUGGUCUCUGCUUCCCCCAGGUAUCUGAAUGAUGUGGAUUACUAUGGAGGAUUUGAGCAGGAAGAGUUGGACCAACUCUUCGAAGCAAUGAGAGCUAACUACAAAGCCUGGUGUUCAGGGUUCGCACCGCUAGCCGUGGGAGGCGACAUGGAAUCUGUGGCGGUUCAAGAAUUCAGCCGUACCCUCUUCAACAUGAGACCUGACAUAGCCCUCAGCGUGGCUCAAACCAUAUUCCAUAGUGACAUGAGACAAAUCCUCAGCCUUGUCACCGUCCCUUGUCAUAUCCUCCAAAGUGUGAAAGACUUGGCUGUCCCCGUCGUCGUGUCCGAGUAUUUACACCAAAACCUUGGCGGCGAAUCCAUCGUUGAAGUCAUGACAUCCGAUGGUCAUCUCCCUCAGCUAAGCUCCCCGGAUAUCGUCAUCCCAGUGCUCCUUCGGCACAUUCGUUACGAUAUCACGUCACGAAAUUAAGUACUUCUACUACUACUAUUAAAGCAAAAUCAUGGUUAUUUGUUUUCAAUUCUAAUAAUCCGAACUGUUAAUCUUAAUUUAUUAAGAAGUUAAUAAUGAAUUAGCAAGCUGAUUUCAUGGCGACUCUAACGCAACCGGUGGGCUUUUUUCUUUUUCCAAGCAUUUAAGCUGAUUUCAUGGAAAAUGACGUGUAUAAUUUGUAAUUGUGUUGAUGUGUUCGAUUAAGCACCUAGAGAAAAAAAUUGCUUUGAUUCGACGUGUAAAAUGAGCAACCGGGUUCGGGCCGUCAAAAAACUUGAAAGUGUGCUUAAUUAUUUGUUCCAAUCCUCAAACAGUUUAAUUAAUUAUUAGAAAAUUGUAAAGUCGGCAUGAAACGGCGCUUUCAUUCGACGUAAAUGAAUUGGGCCAAAGGGUAGCAUUUCCC